AUGGGAACCAUGACUCCAAUUGAGGAGAAACCAUCUGGAUAUCGCUGGGAAGAGCCCCCUCCUAGCUAUAACGAUGAUGAGGAUGAUGAAUUUACACCACAAGAGAAGAAGAAGAUUAUUCGACGAAUUGAUCUGCGUCUGGUGACUAUGACCGGAUUGGCUUAUUGCAUCUCGCUUAUGGAUCGGACAAAUCUCAGCAUGGCCGCCGUUGCAGGAUUGAAACAGGAAUUGCGACUCGACAUUGGCGAACGUUAUUCCAUUAUCGUCCUCAUGUUCUUCGUACCCUACAUCAUCUUCCAGCCCCCGAUGACGAUUAUUAUUCGAAAAGUUGGCCCAACAUAUUUCCUGGGCUCGAUUAUUGUAUGCUGGGCGGGCAUCAUGAUUGGAAUGGGAUUCGUCCAGGACUGGGGCGCGUUGGUUGGAACGCGUGUGCUUUUGGGUGUGCUGGAAGCUGGUUACUUCCCUGGUUGUGUCUACUUGCUAUCUUGCUGGUAUACUCGAUAUGACGUUCAAAAGCGAUUCUCCGUUUUCUAUCUCAUUGGAUGUGUCGCUUCUGCAUUGGCGGGUAUCCUUGCGUUUGGUCUGAUGCAAUUGAACGGAAAGCAUGGGUUGACCGGCUGGAGAUGGAUCUUCAUCCUUGAGGGAGUGAUCACGGGCUUUAUUGGCAUCCUGUGCUUCUUCUUCCUCGUCGACUUCCCUGACCGCGCACACAAGUCCUGGCGCUUCCUAAAUGAGAGAGAAUGCGCGUUCAUUGUCCGUCGCAUUAACAAGGACAGAAAUGAUGGCGAUAUGGAAGCCUUCUCUCUCAAGAAGUUCCUAAAACCUGCAACGGAUCUUAAGAUCUGGGGCUUUGCCAUGAUCUUCUUCUGUCUCACUACCGUGACUUACGCCAUUGCCUAUUUCUUGCCCAUUAUCCUCAUGAACGGCAUGGGAUACGGUGUAGGCGAAGCCCAAUGCCUUGUCGCCCCGCCCUACGGGUUCGCAGGAAUCGUCAUGUACACCACGGCCUGGGUCGGCGACAAGUACCGCAUGCGCGCACCGGUUCUAAUUUUCAACGCCCUGCUCGCCAUCAUCGGCCUGCCAAUGAUGGGAUUCGCUAAGAGCGAUGCCGUCCGCUAUGUCGGCGUGUUUUUCACUGUUGCCGGUGCUAAUGCUAAUAUCCCAGCCUGCAUGGCAUACCAGGCGAACAAUGUGCGUGGCCAAUGGACGCGUGCUUUCUCCAGUGCUACACUUGUAGGGUUCGGAGGUCUCGGUGGUAUCGUGAGUAGUUUGGUGUUCCGUGAACAGGACGCACCUGGGUACCGGCCCGGAAUGUAUGCUGCUAUCGCGUGCAAUAUUCUCAUCAUCUUGCUGGUUCUGGUUUUGAGUCUGUGGUUCCGAAUCUGUAAUAAGCAGGCGGACCGGGGAAAGCGGGUCAUUGAGGGUGAUGCGGCUUUCCGAUAUACGAUUUGA